UUUUCCCGCCAAAUCGAUUCGAGAGACGCCAUGGCACGUGGACGCGUUGGACCCGUGGCGGCGGUGUCGCUGUUUGCGCUUUUGGCUUUUGGCCCUGCGUGGCUGCUUCCCAGGGCGAAGGCGGAUGCCGGCCAGGCCGGGACGGCCGGCGCUCUGCCUUCCGGCCGCCGGGAGCUGCUUGCGGCCGCUGUGGCGCUUGGCCUGCCGGCCCCCGCGCAUGCGGUGAGAGAGAUGAGCGACGACGAGAUUCAGGAGGCGGCAAAAUCGCUGAGUAAAUUUCAGCAGCGCGUCCUCUUGAAGGCUGCCACCGAGCCGGCCUUUACGGGGGAGACCACCAACGGCUUCAAAUGGGACAACAAAGAGGAGGGCACCUACGUCUCGCCCAUCAGCGGCGAGCCGCUCUUCUCCUCCAAGGCCAAGUUCAACAGCGGUACCGGAUGGCCAAGCUUCUGGGCCCCGGUGAACAGCGACAACGUGAUCGAGCGGGUGGAUCCGGUCGACAAACAGACGCUGCCCAAGCUCUUCUGGAGGACGGAGGUCUUGGACGCUGCCUCCAUGACGCACCUGGGCCAUGUCUUUGACGACGGCCCCGCUCCCACAGGCAAGCGCUACUGCAUCAACGCUGCGGCGCUGAAGUUUGUGCCUGGGGAGGCACCGGAGGCAGACCCCAAGGCGGCCUCCAAGCGCUCUGCGUCGCUCUUCUGA